AUGAUUGAUCAAUAUAAACAUCAACACCUUCGAAUUGGAUCAGUUUCUCCUGAACAAAUAAGUGCUUGGGCAAAAAAAAUCCUACCCAAUGGAGAAAUAGUUAGGGAGGUAACAAAGCCCUAUACUCUUCAUUAUAAAACCAAUAAGCCUGAAAAAGGUGGAUUAUUUUGUGAAAGAAUUUUUGGGCCUAUAAAAAGUGGAAUUUGUGCUUGUGGAAAUUAUCGAGUAAUCGGAGAUAAAAAAGACCAACCAAAAUUUUGUGAAAAACGCGGAGUAGAAUUUGUUGAUUCUCGGAUAUGUAGAUAUCAAAUGGGGUAUAUCCAAUUAGCAUGUCCUGUAACCCAUGUGUGGUAUUUGAAACGUCUUCCUAGUUAUAUCGCGAGCCUUUUAGAUAAACCUCUUAAAGAAUUAGAGAAUCUAGUAUACCGCGAUGUGUGA